CCGUUCGUGAUAGUUGCGUUAGAUCGCCUCCACUUUUUGCGACUGGUUUCCGUGGUGGUUGAUAUUCUAUCUAUUCUAUCUCCUACUGGUGGUGCACAAAGUGCAGUGUGGCAUUCUUUUCUGAUAAAAAGGAAAAACAAAAUCAUUCGGUAGUUAAGGUGAUUAGAUGGAGAAUUCCAGGUCCGUUGGACAUAUCGUCGAUUGAAAAAUACGAAAAACUGUUCCAUUCAUUCAAACAAUUUUGAGGCAAUUAAUUUACAACCAGACUACCCGAGACAAAAAACAAUCACCGUUGCUCGAACCUCGUCGUCUUGAGGGUGCGACGAAACAUACGCAAAACAGCGAGACGGAGAGACAGUGAGAGAGUGCGACACGAAAAGAGUGAUAAUUGUGCGUGUGCGUUCCAUCGCGAGCGAAUCAGGUCACCAACCACACUGCGACAGAGCUCCACCGGAGAGCGUCGUAUCGUCGUCAGACUGAAGAAAAGCAUUAGCCAGUCAGUAGUCAGUGUUGAGUGAGCGAAUCGAGGCGUGAAGCAUAGUUCAAAAUCCGUGUGCACAGUUCCGUUCAAAGUGUGCUGCCGAUGAGUGGUAGAGUGAGUGAGCUGUGCAAGCCAAAGUCAAGUAUCGUACAGAAAUAAGAAAAAAGUGAAGAUAGGCAGAGGGGUGAGAAAAAACACAGUUCAGGAAAAUAUCUACUGGAUGUGGUGCUGCGGUGGAUGGUUGCUGCGCCUUGCAGGAUCGAAUUAAGAUAAAUCGCGACGGCAGUCGGUGACGGUGUUUGAAAGUGCAAAGUGUUUGCCAGGACGGCAAAAGGUGAAAAUUUUUGGGUGCACCACACCCCGAAAAAGAAAGAUUUGGCUGCGCUGAGUAAGAGGGGAAGAAUUUGGUGAACUGUUCAGACAUUCUUGGCAUUCAUCUCGAUUUGGGACGAACGAAUACGCAGUUCCGUGUUUGAAUAACUGGGUGAAAGAACUUGUUUACGGCGAUAGAGCGUAGGAGAACGUCGUCGUCAUCAGCAGUCGUCAUCGGAAUCGGAGGCCAUUCAGAAUCGCAUCAACUGGCCUACUGGCUGCCAACGGGUUCCCGUUAAUCGAGUUAUUCUGACCAGAAUCCACCAAAUCACGUCAAACGUUGGCGCAUUCAGUCGAUCCAAUUCAACACGUUGCGCAAUCACCGAACCGGCACAAAUAGCCCCCAGGGCACCCUAAUAAAUAUAUUGCUCCGCUGCUGUUGCUUCGAGUCCAAGUCGCGCGUCGUCACGCGAGCACAAAAAUCGAAAGUGACCACCGGCUGAAGCUGUUGGCUGACAGUUGCUGGUACGCGGUACGAUCCCGAGCAGCCCCUCCCCGAUCCAAUCCGGUCCGGGUGCUGGUCGCGAACGCAAGUAAGAGCGCGAAAACUGAGCUUCCGCACGCAAUGCCGAUACUGCUGCUGUUGCCACCGACUAGGAGCCGCACCACGACCACGAACUCCAGUUGAAUCAUCGCCUGUCCGGUGAGAAGUGCGCGGAUUGUUUCAAGUGUGCUGCGUGUGUGUUGAUUUCAAUUGGAAAAUAUUGGCGCCCUAUUGUGCACGAGGAGUGAAUUGCUUUCCUCGUAUCGGCGCCGCGGAAGAAAGUGAAAUUUUUCCCAAAAACGGCGACCGAUCGUGAAGCAAGAGUGGAUGAUCUUAUACUUUUUUUUCGUGGGCAACAGAAACAACCACGAAGUGUAGGUCUGAUUGAAUGCAUACAGGUCCAUGUGUUUUUCUAAUUAAACAUAGUGAGUCAAAUCGCCACGUGAAGAAUUAAAAAUCGUUGGGGGUCGCAUUUCAAGAAGCAAAUUGUACAAAGUGUGCGCAAAUGUUUAUCCAUUCCAUCACCAAGUGAAGAUUAUCUUACAGCAGUACCGGCAAAGAUUAGAGUCAAUUGAACGCGAGAUUGUACGCGUUCAGAAAAUUUUGCAGUGCAGAACCGUGCGGCUUGUGGUUUGUGAAUUGAAUGUGAUUUCCAGUUGAUUGGCACCACUUAAUGACGACGAUAUGAGCCGCAGUACAUCUCCAUCAUCCCGUUAAUGUCUGCCAGCGGCACUCCAUCCGCCAAAGGGGAAAAACAAAGGCACACAACACUUAAGUAAUCAACUCUGCUAAUUCGAUUAUCGAAGGCCGGGGGACUGGAAUCUUUUACAGCGUAGCAAUCGAGCGUAGCAAGAGCGCGUGCACCGACAACGGCUAAGACAGCUAACUAGCCGCUGGGGAGAUACCGGUCGGUAUUGUUGUUGUGGUUUAGGAGCGCGCGAGAAAUCGCUGGCGAAUUUUUUCGUGGGUGAGAUUCUAUCAACAAAAGGCCGCCAACCUGGAACUAAUGGAAUUAGAGAACAUCGUGGCCAAUACGGUCUACCUGAAGGCGCGCGAAGGAGGAUCCGAUAGCAACAAGGGUAAAAGUAAAAAGUGGCGCAAAAUCCUCCAGUUUCCACACAUAUCGCAAUGUAUAGAUCUCAAGAACAAAAUAGAUGUAAGUUACGGUUACGUAGUUGAUCAGCAACCAAUCGGACGGGAGCUGUUUUUCCAGUUCUGCAAAGUUAAGCGACCGCAGUACUACCGAUAUAUCUCCUUUCUGGAAGACACGACGGGGUACGAAAUCGCUGCCGAUGAGAACCGCGUGAAGCUGGCAUACAAUGUGGCCAAGCGGUAUCUGGGCCUCUGCGCGGACGGUCACGUCACGGAGGACAGCGGAGGUGGAGGACGGGACGACGGCGACGAUGGGAAGUGCGACGACGACAGCGGAAUCGGUGGCGACACCAAAAAGCUCAGCAAUCACGACGACCCGGCGGCGGAGAAGAAGAGCCUGGCCGGGUCGAACUCGUUGAACAAUUCUUCCGGCGCGGUGGUGGUCGGCAGCAAAGGCACGGCAAACGCCAACAACUCCAGCUCGGCCAUCAAGAAGUGCUCCAGCUCGGACGACGACGAUAACGAUGAGUUUGUGCUGGACAUUCUGAACGACGACAUCGUGGCGCAGGUCCGGAGUAAACUGUUGAACGGUAGCAAGGAGCUGUUCGAGGCGUCGGUGACAGCGGUGAAAACAUUCCUGCAGGGAGAACCAUUUCGGGAAUUCGAAGCGUCGAUGUAUUUUCACAGAUACUUACAAUGGAAAUGGCUAGAGGCACAACCAGUUACUUAUAAAACGUUUCGAAUGUACCGAGUCUUGGGGAAAGGUGGCUUUGGCGAAGUGUGUGCAUGUCAGGUACGUGCAACCGGAAAAAUGUACGCCUGCAAAAAGCUCGAAAAAAAGCGCAUCAAAAAACGAAAAGGCGAAUCAAUGGUGCUGAUAGAGAAGCAAAUUCUGCAGAAAAUCAACUCCCGGUUCGUGGUGAACCUGGCGUAUGCGUAUGAAACCAAGGAUGCGCUUUGUCUGGUGCUAACUAUUAUGAACGGUGGAGAUCUCAAAUUUCACAUUUACAACAUGGGCGGUGAUCCAGGUUUCGAGCUGAGUCGGGCGAGGUUUUACGCUGCCGAGGUGGUCUGCGGGUUGGAACAUCUACAUCAGAUGGGAAUAGUGUACCGGGAUUGUAAGCCGGAAAAUAUCCUAUUGGACGAUACCGGCCAUGUUCGGAUAUCGGACCUUGGAUUGGCGGUCGAAAUUCCCGAGGGCGAAAUGGUCAGGGGGAGAGUCGGGACAGUUGGAUACAUGGCGCCGGAAGUCAUAGACAACGAGAAGUAUGCAUUUUCGCCAGACUGGUUCAGCUUUGGGUGCUUACUGUACGAGAUGAUCGAAGGUCAGGCUCCGUUCCGGGCGCGGAAGGAGAAAGUGAAACGAGAGGAGGUCGAUCGCCGGGUCAAGGAGGACGCCGAAAAAUACUCCCACAAAUUUAGCGAUGAUGCCAAAAUUCUGUGCCAACAGUUACUCAUGAAGGCUGUCAAAAACCGACUUGGGUGCCGAAACGGUCGGUACGGUGCUCGCGAGGUGAAACUGAACGGCUUUUUCAGCAGUAUUAAUUGGAAGCGACUGGAUGCGGGUGUGGUGGAACCACCAUUCGUACCGGACCCCCAUGCGGUCUAUGCCAAAGACGUGCUCGACAUCGAGCAGUUCUCAACGGUGAAGGGUGUGAAUCUGGACGCGACGGAUGAAAACUUUUACUCGAAGUUCAACACCGGUUCGGUGUCGAUUCCCUGGCAGAACGAGAUGAUCGAGACGGAGUGCUUUCGGGAGUUGAACGUGUUCGGACAGGACGAGUGCCCGACGCCUGACUUGCUCAUCAAUGCACCACCGGUGGUGGAGAAGCCUGGUUGCUUUCCGUUCCGGAGGAAGAAAAAGCAGUCCGCCCGGGAAAAGCCAGUCCCAUUCAACGAGAAGUUGCUUUCGUCUAGUCAUACUACUGUAACCGUCAGCUCAUCGCAGAACGAAAGCUGAUAGUGCGACGGUAGCGUAAGUCAAUCUCAAACGCAACAGCAACAUCACCAGCAAGAGAAUGCACCACCACCACCAAGAUCUAACUGAACCAAAAAGCCCCAGUAUCUCGGAAUUUUGUACAUUUCUUAACGUAGCAGCAGAAAAUCUCGAAUGGAAGGUUUGAUGUCUUAUUCCUGGUUCGUCAUUCGGAACCUCCAAGGCACAACGCUGACGAAUGUGCACAAAUAUUAACCACAAAUCAGCAACAGGCGGACGACGGAAGGAAGAAAAUCAAACAACAUCGUUCUAUACUAAAACACGGUAUUAGAGCGAACUCAAAUGUGAGGCUGAGCCCUCGGAAUCGUGUUCCCCAUUUGUAGGAGGAACGCGAAAAUUAGGUAAUAUCUGAAUCCGUACAGGCAAAAUUCGCCGGAAUGGGAAAAUGGAAGCUGUCUUUCUUGACAUUUCCAAACCGGGCGCAGUGUGUGAAGAAAAGCGCAAUUGUAUGAACGAAAUAAGUGGUUGUUGAAGAAUUCAUUAAAGAAUUGUUGUUAUGAUCGUUUUUAUUUGAGAACCAGACGCACGAACAGCACAAUUGCAGCAACAGCAGCAACACAUAAGUGAGGAUUUGUUAUUUAUUUUAACAAGAAUUUAUAAUGUGUUUUACCCGGACAUUUUACGUUCUUUUGUACAUAAUUGUUUCUGAUACUUAGUUGAAAUAUUGCUCUUGCGAGAGUCCCAUUAGGUUUUUUGAUCCACUUAUCACGCUCAAAGUGUUUUUAGGUAACAUUUUUUAUGUUUAAAAACAACGUGAUUUUAUUUACUAUAGUAUAGUAUGUCGGAUAGCGUUGGCACAUCAGCAUAAGUGGUCGCGCACACGCCUGUAAAUAAGUAGGAGUGAUAAAGGAAAUCAUAACAAAUUGUGCAUUGCUACAAUGUAUUCAAACUAGAAUAAAAAUUUAGCGAGUAAAAGGCUAGAGAAAGUAAACAUGGAUAUGAAUAAUUCAUAGGUGUUUUUGUAAGGUAGUUGAAACAAUUUUCGAUGCGAAAAAAAGCUAGCAAGUACAGCAUAAAUGAUCUUUUUCCCGUCACCCAUCACCCUCCGUCGUCGGUCACCGAGACCCGCUGUGAGAUGAGUUGGGAUGUGAUAGCGCAAGCAAAAUGUGUAGCCUAUGGUUUUACGCGAGAAUAGUGCGUUUUUAUAAGUGUAGCCAUAUGUGAGAAACCGCGAACAUUUGUGUGAGGUUUAUUAGUCUCCUGAUGCCGUAGUGUAGCAACGCUACGAGCUACUAAAGAACAGUAUUCUCGACAAAUACUGGGGAGUUUAAUAACGAAAAUGUGUAGAGGGCGGCGAGCCCAGUCUUACAAACUCAAACAUACUCAUCUGAAGAAGAAAACGCGCUAGACAAGACAAAUAAAACACAGCACAAAACUUUUUCCGCUUUUAUCACACAUCAUAAGAUUGAUAACUAGCACACAUUGCACACGCACAUAACUUUAAUUACACCUAACUAAAAGAAGAAAAAAAAAACUUUCCCCGAAACAAUGCGAGUAAGCUUCAUAGACAAAUGUAACCAGAACGCAAACACAUAUAUCUGAUUCGAAGAAAAAAGAGAAACACGGCCAAUCGUCGUUCGUUCGAAGGUACGCUUCACGUAUCUAUUGCUCAUCGGAUAUCGAAAACUGCGAUUCAAUCUGAAUACUAGGUAUGGAUACCAAAUUGGUAAAUUGAGUCCUCAUGUAGUAAUCUUACAGGCUUUUUCGAUUUAAUUUGAUUCAGAAAUGGAGUUCAUACUCGUCUCGUCUUAAGCAUUUACUUCCGUUUUGCAAGUAUUUCCGAUUAUAAUUACAAGAAGAAGAUACAAACUUCAAACAAUGCUGAUGUCAAGCAUUAACAGUUUUCCAUACUUUUGUCUAAAUAUUCGAAAACACCUUCUAAAACCAAGUAUACAAAACCAGAUAUGCUACGUUAUCAUCAGGGUUUGCAGAAAUCGCUCUCAAUAGAUAACGAACAACGAUAAAAGAGAGGCAAAAACUGUUCCGAAUCAUAACAAGACUUGCAUACAAGGGCGAAAAAACAGAAUCGGAUAGGCAGCCCCCACAGAAAACUGGUGAUUCUCGCUUUGUUUUCGCUCCUUUCGUGUUGUUCACUGCACAGGUGUGUAGAACAAGUUUGAAAUGCAUCAUCAGAGGCAGUGCUCACCCCAUUUGGAGCUUUCUAAAAGAAAUUUAUCAUGGGGUAUAGCAUCCCGAAUCAAUUCUCUAUCAUGACAGCUUGCGAAAAAAGUUUCUCGCGGUAUGCUACAUAUCGUAUAUGUAUACAAAUAUGAUAAGUGAGAGACUUGCUCUUUCUCUUUAGAAUUCAAUCCCUGGUUAUCAUGCAUUUAUUCAAAAGCUUGUUAGACAAUUUAAGGAUUUUCGUUAUAUUUUAAGAAAAUGGGGUUAUGAAAGAUAAUAAAAUUUGGUCCUUAUUUCUAUUCUAAAUUAUGAGGAAUGACUAGAAUUCAUACAUAUGAAUAUCUCGAUCGGUGUGAUAUUUUGCAACCGAGAUGGUUGGCGUUUUUUUCAUAACCCUUCAACUUAAAAAAACAAAAUAAUAUUUUGAAUUAUUUAUCAACAGGAGGACAUGAAGUCACACAAUAAAAAAGAGCUUUGAAGGUAACCAACUAUUCGUCAUGUAAGAAGUUGUACCAAACAAGCCAUAAUACAUGUUCUGUAAGGUGUAAAUGGGAUGCGGAAUCGGAAACAUGCAUUUUGGUAGCUAUGAAGGUACCACAGGUUUAUCGUUCAUAUACUCUCAAAAGCAUGUAGAUUUGAUUAAAGAAGGAAAAACUCGGGACUGAUAUGCGAUUCGGGCGUAACCUAUUUCGUAAACAAACAUUGUUUUAUCGAUUCCGUAGAAUGCAAGCAUUUUACUCCAAAACUAAUUCCCUUAUUCGAUAGAGGAAAGCCUAUUCUGUCGGAUGUAUACGGUCGUUUUCUCAGAAAAUGCUUGCUUUGGCAGGAAUUUGCCUUUCAAUGUUUGUUCACAAAAUAAGCUACGCCCAAAUCGCAAAUCAAUGCCGAAAUGUUAACCGUACAUUGAAGACAGCUCGAGGUGUUAAUUGUAAGAGAAUUGAAAAAGGUUAGAUGUUGAACAAAGCGAAUCGUUAUCGCCAGAAGCUUCACUAAAAAAAAAAUUCCAGGGCCGAGACGGUGUCAAUCUAUUCCGUACAAAAUGUUCCCGAGCAUGAUGUAAAAGACGCCGAUUAUAAGAAAGCCUUAGGCAACGUUAGCAGUAGUUCUGCAGAUACUGUAACUGAUAUGAACGUGCUCUCACCGCCGCAAGUUUAAUAUCAUAGGCGUUGAGAUGAAACGGUCGGGGGUACAUUCUCCCAGGCAAAUAUGACCAAUUUAUCGUUUCUACCGAAGGCUUGCCCCGAUUCCACUCUUCUAAGAAUUUUCAUGUCGUAUAACCGAAUUAACCCAAAUGUAAUGCUGGGAUAAACCGGCUAUUAAGCUGAACAAGUUCAGUGGUCAGUCAAUAUUUUCAACGAUUCUGCAAAACCCCAAGAAGCAAUGUCGAGCCCUGAUGCCGAUAAAUGGAAUGUAGCAACGCAAGAGGAGUACGAUGCGUAACGGUAAGCCCUAGCAAAACUCCCAAAUACGGCACCAAUUUCAUCGCUUCUUUUUGUCAAGAUGCAUGCUCAUUGCUGAAAAAAAUCACCAAAAUAUCACAAACUAAAAUCUUUUCCAUUGUUUUGUUUUCGAUGGGAUGAACAUCGGAGCCAUGAGAUGAAGUCCAGGAAUAGUUCCCUUACAUAUAUGGCAUAAAUUUACGCGAUAGGAUACGCUCUAAAUCACCUUAUACCCAACAACCAAUGAAUAAGCUGGUUUUUUCAGCUGAAGAAGACUAUUUUUGUUUUACUCACCUCUAAUGUUUGUUGCGUAGCCUAUUCAGAUUACGAGCUUUAAAAUACAAUAAAGAGUAUUUUGAUGUCAACGUUCACUCAUCUUAUUUUCAUUUCAUAUGAUAAUAGUCGACCCGGCAGACGUUGUCCUGCAUAGUAGGUCAAAUACGCGUUGUGAACUGUCCAUGCAAAAUUUCCAUAUGAAUUUUGUGUUUUAGUUUUUUAGGACUUACUCAAUCCUGCUCGUAAUUUUUGCAUAUCAUAUAAACCCGUCGGAAACGAUAACCAACAUAUCUGCUGAGGAAAUGGAGAAAAUCCAUCCAGCCGUUUCCGAGUUAUGCGGAUACGAACACAGACCAUUUCAUUUCUGUCACCGUUACGUGAACUUCACUUCGCGACAACGUCAUGCGAUGUAACUUAUCGAAAAAAGAUUGUGUCGUAACAACAACCUUCACAUUAUUCAUGGCGAUAGGAUUUUCGGGCCGACGCUUGAACGUCAAACUCACGGAAUUAGUAGCUACGAUGUUCAUCGCUUCUUAGUCGGGGUUCGGGUUCCAUAACCGAACACGGCUUGCAGCCCGGUCAUCGAUCAGGAAGUUUCGAUUCUUCGUGAAAUGAUCCAAAGCGCAUGAUUCGAAAAUCCAGCUAUCACCCGUCACCCCACCAUCCGUAACAAGAACUUACGUACGAACAUCCAUAACUUUCCGCCCUAUGAAAGCGGUUAUAUCCGUCAUAUUGUUGACCCCUUGAAGUGGCUUGGUUUUGAUGCUGUUCUUGGUAAAUAGACCAAUCGGAGUUCUCCAACGCCAAAUGUUAAAAAUUGGUAAACCAACCAAACCCGUGUGUGCAUCGUAAGCACAGUUAUUAAAAUCGUCUAACUUACUGGCUAGGCUCUAAUCCCCAGUUCAAUUAGGAUUUCACGAAGAGCGGAUACGAGGGUUGCACAGCAUUGUCGCAAAGAUUAUUACGCCGGUGGCAGCAGUUCCAGCGUUCCAGUGGAUCAUCGAGAAACCGUCGGCAACAGCAGUCAAGUGAAUUUUUUCGCAAGGUUCGGACUAACGUUUGGUUGCGUGCGUGAGUUAUUGGAAAGGCACAUUGUGGAUUAAAAAUCAAUUCGUUUCUGAACCUCCAUUUUACACCAGAGAAGCUAGAGCCGAGACAAAUUUUCUUCAAAGUUCAAAUCAUAACCGCUUGGUGAUGGCAGAAGUUCUCCGUCGGUAGCAGCACAAGCUCUGGUCGGAAGGAGACGCUGCAAACAUUUAUUCGCAAGGAUGACGUCCCAAAUCAUCGAGUGGUUGAUGCUGGCGUCAAUUUCAGUCAAGUCAAAUUUUCUUUGAAUGCAUGCGCGGUACGAAAACCCCUCUCUUCUGUGAGCGCGACUCAGGCCCUGAAAAAGGUCCGUUUUAGGUUGUUCUCGUUCACUUGGAGGUGGUUCAUGAUGCACGUUUUUCUAAGCCUUGCUGACGCUACCCGUAGCAGCCAUAGUCGCUGCCUUUCCACCGCCAGCUUUCGGUGCCAUGAUGUUUGGCUGUUUGGUGCUUCGUUCCAGUCGAUUUGCCGAUUCUGUCGCGAAAAUCGGAUUUUAGGCUGCCAAUAUCCGAUUGCAAUGGAGACCGAGGCUCCAUCCCUUGGCGGUCGCCACAUCGGUAUCGGCUCGCUGACUCCGUAUUUCGUUCGUUCAAUGCCAGUGCUUCCGUGCCAAACUAGGGAUAAGGCAUUUUCUUCAAAAUGCAAAUCAUAAUCAUUUGGCGUCGGCAGCAGCGCAAGCGCUCGUCAGAGGGAGUCUGCGAAAAUGUAUUCGCAUGGAUGGCGUCUAUUGCGUUUCAGCGGUCAAGCAUCAAGUAGCUGGCAUUAGCGUCAGUAGCAAUGAAGAGAAAUGUGCUCCAGAUUCUGGUUGAGUAUUGGAAAAACGCAUUAUUGAAAACAAAUGGGUUCUAUUCAAAACCAUCAUUUUACACGAGAGAAGGUUGAGUCCAAAUUAUAAUCGCUUGAUGAUGGCAGAAAUUCUCCGUUCGUAGCAGCGCAAGCGUACGUCUUAAGGAAACGGUGCAAACUUUUAUUCGUUGGCGUCAGUAGCAGACAAUCCAAGUAACAUUUUAAGUUUUAUAACGCUCUUGAAGACUAUAAUUUGCUCUUCAGGAGUGUUAUAAAACCAAAAUGUUACUAGAGAAGUGAAGGUCGUUCACUUUGCGCAUUCUAAUGGAAACCGUAAGCCGGUACAGCCAAGCUCAUAAUAAGCAGCACAACGGCUAUGUAACAUGUGCUUCCGCUGGAAGGGUAGCGAUUGGAAUAGGUGGAAUAACAGUGCAUUCCGCAUUCUGAACCUGCCAGCAUUUUAUGAAAACAAAAGGUUUGAUAGUUUGAUUUAAAAUUUUCUUCCAAGACCCUGAAGAUUGAAAAUAUAUCGGUCUAUUUCUUAACCACCAUUUUAUUCAAGACAAGGUGGAGCCAUGACGACUUUUCUUCAAAUUGCAAAUCAUAACCAUCCGACGACGACAAGAGAUUGUCGUCCACAGAUGUUUCUCAAGCGCACGACGGAGGGAGCCGCAACAAAAAUUUAUUCGCGUUGAAAUCGUAUAUCCACCUUUUUUUCAUAUUGCUGAUUUCUUUCUAUCGUAUUUUAUGUGCUUCACACCUUUAAACACUUUAAAAUAUUACGAUUACCGAGAAUCCAACAGCCGGAAUUUUAGCAAUAAUUUCGUUGAAUCUCGGUAAAACUUUUACUAUAAUGUCAACAUUACAGCUAGCGUAAAAAACUAGAUAGUGUUUCAUCUGCAAAUCAUCUAGUGGCUCACGUUGGCGUCAUUAGCAGCAAAAUGAAAUUUUUCUCCAGAUUUUAAUUUUGUUGAAGUUAGUGAUUUGAAAAUGAAUCGGUUCUGUUUCAAGAAGAAUUUUCUUCAAAGUGCAAACCGCAAUCGUCUGUUUACUGUAGUUUAUUCGUAGCAAUGGUAUCAGUAACGGUCCCAUCAGCGUUAAUAAACAUUUUCAAUAUUUCGAAAUUGAACACAUUUUUACUCUUAUAUGUAAUUCUUCGUCCAAUUUGCAGUCGUGUCUCGGAUACAACCUUUUACUUUUGUUCGGCGUUUCUUUCCACCCGCGGCUCUAACAGUCAGUCGUGUCAUUUAGCUGCCCCGACACGACACCCAUCUGAUUGUAGAUUUCUACUCCGGCGUUCUCUUGUAUCACGCACCUCCACACACAUCCACGCAAGAAGGUGCGUUGUUCCUGAGUCUUCCGGGACUCGCAAGGUCAUGGUUCACUAACGCAGUCUCGCCAUUCUUAUGAACGACAAGUGUGCUUUUAAAUGUGGUGUACUUUUUACAACGGUGCUAGUCCCGCAUGGUUGAGAGCUGCCAACUGGAAGAUGUUUUAUCUCCAUAAGUUUUCUACAGCAGAAUAUCACCAGCAUCCCCUUUUCUAUAUCACGAAGGCAGCAUUAUGGUUGGUUAUUAUGGUUCCUUCUCGGUUUGAAGCUAUUUCGUUAAGGUUGGUUAUAAUUAUCAUUUGCAAUAAUUUUUCACAAUUUUGACGAAACAUAGAAAGAUCUUUUUAGAAACAUUGUUUGUAACUAAGGCCUGUAUGAUUACUUCUCUGAAAAAGCUUUUCACUAAAAUCAAAUCAGUUACUUAAGCCCAGAACGAGCAAACGUUACUAUUAAACUCCCAAUCGAUAUGAACGAGAACAUCAGUGAUGAAACAGAAUUUAAGCAUGUUGCUUGAAAUCUUAACUUAACUAAACUUAGUGAGAACGAAUGACACGGUGGCGAUAAACUAAAUAGCACACAACCAGUCCGAACAGAUAGUCACAUCUACGAUAUUUAGAGCACAAACAAUUCAAAACUGAAGCCUAUUUCGAAGUCAGUGUGUUUUAUUAUAAUAAACUAGGAAUCAUACAAAUUUAUGUCAUGUAUAUAACAUUGAAAACCAUUCAACUGAUAAUCAUUACUAACUAGAUACCAAAAGUGGUGCAAACAAUUGUGAAAAGGAAAACCGAUGAAACCAAUCAACUCAUUUUGGAAGAGAGACUACUACUGGGGAAAAUCAGCAAACAGUAUUAGUAUACAAUGUUUUUAUUUUGAAAUUGUGUUUUAAAUUUACACAGAGAGGAAAAACAUUCGAGAGAGUUAGAAAGUCAAUUUCAUUGACGAGAAUGUAGUUACCAUUGAUGAAAUUCGAAGAAGCAAGCUCAAAUCGUAUCGUGGGAGAAAGCACGGCCGAGUGUACUGACUAACUAGAUAUCGGGCAACAACGCCAACUUAGGAACAGCAACGUACUAGAAUAAACCAAUAUAUGAUGAGGAUAGCAUCCGCUCCGGGAUGCAAACCCCACCCAGCAGCGGAUAGAGCAAGUGUUUGCAUUUUUCGGCGCGAGAGGCGCUGCUACCGUCGUCGUUUGCGUUUUAUUCAUAUGAUACUCGACGACGAUGCUAAAACAAACGUUGCCAAAAAACACUAAAGAAAGAUAAAACAAAAAUGCAUCGUACGUUACUGUCAAUAUAGGAAUACAAUCGCCAAUUAACACAAUCUCGACUCCAGAUAGGUUUCAAGCCAAUCAAGCAAAUACCUAUACAGAAAAUAAAUCUAAUAGACUACUACAUAUUUUAUUUGCACCUGUUGUGAUUCAUUUAAUGCCGACUUAAAUUAAUUUCCCAUAUUCUGGUACUUUGUCUCAAUCUUGCGAAGCAAUGGUACGUGCGACCUAAGAGUUUGUGAUCAUCAGCUGAUUACAACACGGAUUAAUUCAUUGGAAAUAACACUAACUUACAUGGAAAGCAUUAUAUUAUACAAGCAGCAAAAAAGAACAGCAAAUUUCGAAAAUUUAACACAAUGCGAUGUGGACGAACGACAGUUAAGAAAAAAUCAGCAAAAUACAAAUGAUAUGUAAAUUUAAGUACCCUAGUGAAAUGUAACUGAAGUAAAUAAACAAAUAAGACAUAUUAGUAA